AUGUCCGGCGACCUCACCCGGGCAUUCCUGGAAGAGGUGGUGCGGGGGUCAGGCUGGAGCCUAGCCGAGGUGGAGAGCCUCAGCCUCGAGGGGGAGGGCAUUCGUUCCCUCCGCGGCUCUCUCGGCGGCUUGCGGAGACUGGUGUAUCUCAACCUCGCACGGAACAACCUCUCGUCGUUGCUGGGCAUCGAGCACCUUGUGUCGCUUGGAACCUUGGUUCUGCGCGAGAACCGCGUGGAAAGCAUCGACGAGGUCGGGCGACUGUCCUGCCUUGGAGACCUCCGGGAUCUCGACAUUCGACUUAACCCGGUCAUGGCGACGGCCUCGCGAAGGCACGGCGGGGGGAGAAGCGGCGGCAGUGGCAGCGGCAGGCCCCGGGCCGAUGUCGUCGCGGUGUUGCCGCAGCUGGUCACCCUUGACGGUCGGGGGGUGAGGGAAGACGAGCGGCUGCCUCACCGGCCGCGGCGUGGGCAGCAGUACCAGCACCAGCACCAGCAUUGGCAGCAGCAGCGAGGGUCCGCUCGGUUUCCCGCAUGGCCCGCCACAUCCGCCCGAAGUCCUCGCCCGAGAACGGGGGAGCCCAAAGGCUUGGCCACGACCACGACCACCACCACAAGCAGCAGGACGAACGCGACGGCGGCGAGCGGGUCGGCAGCCGCGCGCGCCGUGGAGGCGUUUCGCCGGAGCUCCCAAAGGCUUGGCCUCCUCUCUGCGGGUGCCGGCCCGGGCGCCGCCGCCGCCGACGGCGUCGCCGUCGAUGGCGGCCGCCGCAGCUUGGCGAUCGGUGUUGGCGACGGCGAUGGCGCGGUCGAGGACGCCGCUCCGAGGUCGCCACUCGCCCCGACGACGACGACGACACCAGCCCGCACGGCACGUGGCCUGCCUUGUUGCCCCGGGGGUAACGGCAGGACCGCCGGGUGCGGAGAUGGAGACUGUGCCGGGAGGGCGGGCGAGAGCCGGGGGGGCGGCGGAAACGGCUGCGGCGGCCCGAAAGGGCCUACGGACACGAAGUGUGGCGACGACGUCACCCCCGCCGCCCGGUCGGCUUCCCCGGUGGCGGCCGUCCUCGUUGCACCCUCGACGUGGCGCCCGGCGUUCGCCCGUGUGCGUCGCGGAGAGGAGGAGGAAUCGGCGAUAACGGCGGCUGGGGGCCGGGCGCUUGCAGAGGGUGAGGUGGCACCGGCGGCGGCGGCAGACCCGGGGGGAAUGUGGUUCCCCGCACACGGUGACAUGGCGGAGCGGUGGUGGGCGAGGGAGAGGGAGUUCGAGGCAAGGUGGUGCGCGAGAGAGAGGGAGUUCGAUGCGAGGUGGGCCGCGAGGGAGAGGGAGUUCGACCUGAGGCUACACGAGAGCUCCAAGGAGUUCACUGCAGAAAUGCGGUCGAUGCUGCUCGGCGCCCACGAAGCGCUGAUUUCGUCGAACGCUAGGCUCGUGGAGAGGCUCAAGGCAGCGGAGGCAGCGGUGGCAGCGGCUGCGAAGUUAGCCUCGACAGGUUCUCCGACGUCGGCCCCCGGGGGAGGGGCCACCGCCCGCCGGAUGUGGAGCAGCAGCAGCAGCAGCAACGCCCAGGCCCGCCCCGCGACCUCGGCGGCAAGCAGCAGCACCGCUGAUCCGCGGUCGGCGAACACGGUCCUGCUGCUGCGCCCCUGGCCCCCGUCCCGGAGCGGAGUCGACGGCGGCACCGUAUCCGAAUAUUCGGAUCACGUUGCUGCCCCCGCCGCCGGCGCUGGUGGUGCCGGUGACCUUCCUCCUCGUCCUCCUCCUCCUACCGACGACAACGGCGGCAGGCGCUCUCGCGCAGGCGGCGCGGUGGGCGUGAUUGCUCCCGCCGUCGCCUUCGGCGCCUCCCGGAGGCGAUCUUUCACCGCCGGCGUACCGGCAGCAUCUGGGCACAAGAACGCUGCUGCCGCUGCGGGCGAUAUGGAUCAAGUGCAGCCGUCCCAAGGGGAUGGUGUCGUCGAGAGCACGGGCAAAGUGGCGUCCGGCACAGAGGGGGGCAAGGAGACGGGGAGGGGCAGCAAAACGAUUGUUUCGGCCGAUUCUCGCAGGAGGGUCGAUUCCAGGCCGCCCUCGUCUCUAGCAGGCCAGAGGGUAGAUGAAGGAGGUAGUGUUGCCCAAGCUGAUGUUUCCCCGUCGUCGUGUAGUGACGAAGAAAUGGAAAGGUGUAUUGCUGGUGGUAAUUCUGCGAGCCUGCCUUCAAUCGUCGCGAGUCUGCCUCCAAUCGUCGCGAGCCUGCCUCCAAUCGUGGCGGGCUCGACCGUCGAACGUUCUCAGGAGGCUCACGGCGGUUUGAGAGGGAGGGCUUGUGUGGUUGCACCUGUCAGGGAGGCCACGCCAAUGUCCAACUUCGGUGAGAGUUCCAAACUGGGCAGCGGUGUUGUCGCUGUUGCCGCCGCUUCGGCGCCUCUUGCGGUAGAAUGUGAUGGCGGCGAGGUGUUCGGCCGUGAGCCCGAGGUUACGUUCUCUGUAUCUCCUAGCCACUAA